AUGCAACGGCUGACAAGAAAAAGUUUUUUCCGUUACACGAGACUACUGCGACGACGCUUUGUGCCUCCAUGGGAGCGCGACGGCAAGUCUGCAGAUGAGUUUUUUUCAGGUUUUAUGCAGAGUGCGAACCCGAUGCUCACACGCCAAAAGCAGAAGGAACGCCGUGAAAAGGCAGAGAGAAAAUAUGUUGAGGAGGCAUCAUCUCCUGCGGAACUGCAGCGCAUCGAGGCUGUUCACGCACACAAUGAGUCUGUUUUGGAUCAGCAACGAAACUUUUUGCCUUAUGGGGCGAAACCCGUGGUUUAUUUUGAACGCAGUCGGAUGGCAGCGCUGGGCGAGUAUGAAAUGAUGUUGCAGUCCUCAAGUGUUGCGGCGGGUGCUGUGGACUACUCUCCAGCGGUGCGGGAGAUGUUGCGAACGGAUUUGCAACAAAAGUUGCCGUACCGAUAUGAGUCGUAUGUUGAACCUUGUGGCAACCAAGCGCUGUGGCCGUUGCACGGUACGGCUGGGAUUGUGCUUGAUAUUGACGGUGUUGUUUACCGAUCACAUAAACUCAUUGAAGGCUCCGACACCGCAAUUCGUAAGAUGAUGGAGUUGCGCAUCCCUUUGCUUUUCAUGACAAACGGUGGCGGGAAAUCCGAAGAAGAAAAGGCAAAGGAAUUAUCACAGCUUGUUGGAUGUGAGAUUGAUCCGUCACAGAUUAUUUACGCCCAAACCCCAAUGCAGUUGCUCGCGCCCAUGUAUAAAGAUCAAAACGUACUGAUUGUAGGCUGCCCACGCUGUGCCGAGGUAGCGAAGGUGUACGGCUUUCAUCGUCCCAUUUCUAUUCUUCAAUUUCAGGCGGAACAUCCGGAGUUAGUGCCGUACAAAAAAUGGGGUGAAUUAAAGAAGUGUGAGGCUGGCACGGUUGCCUUUCCGGAAAUAUCGGCUAUCCUCCAGUUUAAUGAUCCAGAUGACGCCUUUAGUGAUUUACAGACCAUACUGGAUGUUCUCUUGUCCCCUCGGGGGCAAGUUGGCCGUUAUGUGUCAAGCACACAAUGUGUUCCGUACUUUGUGUCAGCGGAUGAUUUGUUCUGGGCGACGGAAGCUCCACUACCACGUCUCGGUCAGGGCGCCUUUCGUGAAAUGUUGUCUGCAGUGUUUGAAAGCGUUACUGGACAUGGACUACAUGUGACAACAUACGGAAAGCCGCGUGCCAUUGCUUACGCGUUUGCGGAACGUCGUAUGGGGGAAAUAUCGGCGAAAUUAGGGUGGGAUCCGAAGGCUCUUCGCGCCAUUUUCAUGGUGGGCGAUAACAUUGAUACGGAUAUUGUUGGCGCCAAUGCGCGAGGCGGCUGCUGGACGUCAGUUCAUGUACUUUCCGGCAUCGGUGUUACCCCUGUCGCACGGCGCACCCUUGCAGAGGAUGACGUGGAGUUCGAGUGGUUGGAGGCAAAUGUCUCCAAAACGCCUCAUUAUGUCGCACCCACGCUGGAUCACUUCUUUCGGGAGCUCUUGGCGUUUCCAGAGUCAGCCAUGCUGCAGAACAAGAAGCCCUACUAUGGAAUGCCGAACCCUGUAGACCUCCGCGAACAGUACAACUUUCCAACAAGCAAUUAA